AUGGAUGGUACGUCCCUCGAUCAGGAGGCUGCUCGUGAUAUGUUCUUGAAAAUAAAAGCUGAGGACGAGAUGCUAGCUGAUUAUCGACAAAGGAGAGACCGACUCCAGCGUAAAAGGUUAGCAGCUGAGCAGAAACUUCAAUAUCGUGCCGACGGUGUAGCUUCAGAUUCAGAUGCUGAGGAAGACGAACCCAUAUGGGAGCCCCGGGAACGCAAAAUUAAGCCACACCGGCUUACCAGGGAGAUUGAGCUGUUAGUUGAGGCCGACCUCGAAGCUGAAUGCAAAAAAGAAGAGUACUGGGAUGCAAUGUACAACGAUCUUGAUGAAAAAGAAGACUUUGGUGAUUAUUCUAACAGUGACUCCGAUGAAGAGAUUGAAGAGGAUUCCACGGAAGACGAUGAUGGUGAUGAUGAGUCUGACGAAUCCGACGAUUAG